UACACAGUAUGCAGAUGGAUGCGGUUCAGGGCGUGUUGCUAUUGCUGGCAGGUGGAGAAGCAGGUUGGACAGGUUGGCUCCCUGAAUGCAACUCUGUUGAGCCCUCCUCCCUCCUUCCUUGCUCGUCUCUCCGGGCCGACUGCUGAUUCACUCUCACAUGUUGGCCGCUCAGUGAAGAGUAUUUGUUGCCUGUGCACCUGUUCUCACCUGAUAUACCCUUUACGAAUAAGAGUAUACCCCCCAAAAAAGGAAAUGGGACUGCAUUUAAAACUCACAGCAGGCCUCCUUCUGCUUGUCCAGGCCUUUCACCUGGCAUCGCUCCAAGAUUCAACCGACUCUCCGGGGCGGACAAUUGAUAAAAGUUGGCUCCGUGCUGGCAUACUCAAACAUCUGGCAUCGCUCCAAAAUUCAACUGACUCUCCGGGGUGGACAAUUGACCAUAGCUGGCUCCGUGCUGACUCACUCAAAGAUCUGUCUGAAAACCAAAACGCUGCAGUUAAUGAAGAGGAGACAGAGUUUGAUCAGACACCUGAUGCUAAUGCUAGGGGGUCAAGCAAUGAACUCAGCAGUGGGAUAGCAUCUGGAUUCAUGACUCAUGAAGAAGAGGAGAAUGUGGCAGGCCAAGAUACGGGUGCAAAUGAAACAUCUAAUAAUCUGACUGCUGACAAUCCAACCAAUGGUCUCACAUUUCCCACAAAUUUUACAACCGAUCAACCUAAUUGGCGAGACACCACCAUUUCUCCAUCUAACACAACUUCAGUUAUCACAAACUCAAGUCAGGUCAACAUUACAGAAAGUGAGGAAAAAUCAUCGACCAUGAGCCCUCAAAACUCCACAACUCAUCUUAGCGCACCAAACUCCACCAGCUUUUCAGAUAACUCCAAUCGCACCGAUUUGCCAACAACCACCUUGUCUCCAGAGAGUAAUGCUACUCAAGAAUCCACAAAACCCAACACAGAUACAGGGUUAACUAAUGCUACUGAAUCUACCAACACAACAACUGUAAUAACCACAAUGAAGCCAGAGAUAAAGGAAACAUCCACCACAUUUACCACCACAUCUUCCUCUACAACGGUGUUCCCAUCCGAAACCACAGAAACGAGCCCUGAGACUACAACUCCCGCUGCUCCAAUCACAUAUGAGAAGGUCAACAAUACAGACCGAGAUGCAGCCUCAGGGGGCAGCGAGGAAAGAGGUUUGGCAAAGGAGAGCAACACGAGUAAAAGAAACCAAGCGUGGGGAGCUGUUCUGGGAACGGCGGUGGCUGUGGCCAUUGUGGGACUGGUAGCCUACGUCAUCCUGAAGAAGAAACACCAGAAGGGUUUCUCUCACAGUAAACUGGUGGAGGAAUAUCCUUCAGACCCAGUUAUCAGAUUAGACAACAGCGAACCUUUGGACUUGAACUUCGGUGGCUUGGCCUACUACAACCCAGGACUCCAAGGGGAUAACAUCCAAAUGACCAACUUCCCAGGACGCCGCUGAAACUGAAAAGACUCCCAAGACCAAAUUCAUCAACUCCCUUGAAAGAAAGUCGGCCAUCUUGGCAUCUGAUAAACAGCCUAUGGUGCCGAGUUUUGUAAAUAAGACAUGUGUGGAUGGAAAGAUGUUUGUGAAAUAAUGCAUUGUGUUGAGUAGAUUUAUAUAAUAGAGGGAUCACUGGAGGAUAUCUAUCUGAACUACUCCGUAACAGCCAAAAUUAAAUACUGUCAGACAUUUAUUUAUGUUGCCAAAGGGUAUCAAAUGAAAACUUUCAUAACAAAGAAUAUGAUUUGCAGUCAAUGAAUGAUGUCAAAAAAUGAAUAUUUGUUAUAUCUUGUAUUUUAAUCAUUUUUAAUCAGCUUGAAUAGGAGCACACUCGUACAGCUAAAGAGAACAAACCAGAAUGCGGUCCCUGCUGAUGCAAACAGUCAUGAAAUAAAAAGUGCUGUUGCUCUGCGGCCUAAACAACAGAUGACGCAGCUGGCCUGAUGAAGCGUUUGUAACAAAAUUCUGAAAACCAAUAACAAUAACGUUAUCCAUAACAACGAUCACCUGCUGCUAUUGCAUAGGGAAGGCAAUAAAAAGAUACAUUUGAACUGUGCUUGCAGAUAUUCCACAAUUGGCAGUCAUAGCCAGAGUGUGAGCAUUAAACCGUCAAACCGAAGACUCGAGUUUGCUUUGCGACACCAGCGAGGGAUGUGGAGAGAGGCUGGGUGCUGUUUUGUUAUUCAUAGACUGAGAUUUUGGUAUUCAGGUAGGGAGUCGUGUAUUUGGUCUUAGCAUAACUCCAUAGCAACAACUAUAUCAUCAUAAUAUACUGCUUAAAUCUUCUGACCUCCAGGUGUCCAAACAGAGAUGUGAGUUUCUCGUAGUGGUGCACCCUGGAGAGUUACAUAGUGAACGUACCUGAUGUUGAAUGCUUUUUUGAACAUUUAUUCUUUAUCCUUUUUCUAAGUUUGCUUCAACUUUGAGUGACAACCUUCAGCAGGAAACAUCUUUUUUUUGACUAAUAUGUUGUGGUUGGGCAAGAAAGAACAAGCAGGGAUAAACUACGCUCUCUCCUCUUUUUAUGUAUCUAAAGCCUUUGUACAGUAAAAUCAAAUUCAUGAUUUUUUUUUCAUGUAAUCUUUCUUACUGUACAUUGUUAUAUAACUCACUUUUAUAACUGUAUAUGUGAAGAAAACACAUCUUUCAGCUCCCUUGAUCCUUUCACUCAUCAUUAGCUGAGUAAAGCCCACCACUUGAUGAAUAUCAUCUCGACCUAAGCAGCAGGCGGCAGGUCUACUUCCUUCUUCGCUCUAAUUUCAGACAUCAGUCAGCCAGGGAGCAUUUCGUCUGACUGAGAGAGGAGUGCAAAAGAAACACUGAUUACUGCAGAAACAAUGCAGGACAGAUGGAUAAUGGAAGACUUCUACAUUGGUUACCACUACUUGUAAAAUGUAAUGAAAUUUGAGGAUGAUACCUUAAUAAAAAACCAAACCCCAAA